AUGCCAGUCCCCAGUCUCCGCCGCUCUUCCUUGACAAGUCGCUCGUCUGUCGAGGAUAACGUAAGUGGAGAGGAGGAGGUCGUUGAGCCUGAUCAGGGAAAUGUCCUCUCGCACAUCAUUUCUCAGCUCCGACCGGGCGCUGACUUGAGUCGUGUCGUGCUGCCGACCUUCAUUCUCGAGCCCCGGUCCAUGUUAGAACGUAUCACCAACUUCAUGGCCCACCCCGAAACCCUCCUCCCCAUGUCCACAAUUGAUGACCCUAUCGAGCGUUUUGUUUCAGUUGUCAAGUUCUACUUGAGUGGUUGGCACAUCAAACCCCCAGGGGUGAAGAAACCACUGAACCCUAUCCUGGGGGAGACAUUUACUUGCUACUGGGACUAUCCGGAUAACACACGCGGAUACUACAUCUCCGAACAGACUUCUCACCACCCCCCGAAGUCGAGCUACUUCUUUAUGGCCCCGGAGCACAACAUUCGCAUCGAUGGUACCCUCAAGCCCCGCAGCAAGUUCCUUGGUAACUCGGCAGCCAGUAUGAUGGAAGGUAUUGCGAUUUUGACUCUGUUGAACCACGGUCAAGACAAGGAGAAGGGGGAGCGCUAUAUUCUGACGCAACCAAACAUGUACGCGCGUGGUAUCCUAUUUGGGAAGAUGAAGUAUGAGCUCGGCGACCACAGCUAUGUCCGAUGCCCCGAAACCGGUCUCGUAGCGGAUAUCGAAUUCAAGACGAAGGGCUACUUCUCUGGCACGUAUAAUGCCAUUGGAGGCACCAUCAAGAAUGAAAAGACCGGCGAAGUGUUGUUCGAUUUGUCAGGCAUGUGGAAUGGUGAGAUGGAUAUCAAGGAUGUCCAUACUCACCACAAGAACGUGCUGUUCGAUGCCACACAUGCCAAGCACACGAAACCUUUGGCCCGUCCGACUGGAGAGCAAGACGAGCGGGAGUCUCAAAGACUAUGGCUGCCUACAGUCAAGGAAAUUAUCGCCCGGAACCACGAAGCAGCUACGGAUGAAAAGACCAAGAUCGAAGAUCGCCAACGAGAGGAGGCUGCCAAGCGCACCGCUGAAGGUGUCGAGUGGACACCCCGAUUGUUCCGUGCCGUGCACGGUGGUCCUGGUGGCCCGGAGGAGGGCGAGGAAAGCUUAGAUUGGAUCAUCAACGCUCACGUGGACUCGCACGAUCCCGAGGCUGCAGUGAAGCAGAUCCUAGCCAUUGCGCCCAUCGUUCCAGGUCAGAAACAGCCAUCUCAGUUCGAGAUCCCGCCAUUCGCUGCACAAAAUAGCCAUCCGGUGGAUCCAACCCAGGACGUCAAAGCUAAUACCACCACAGGCGUAAACGUAGGAACUGACGUCCAAAAGCCGGCCGUUGUGGAGCGAAAUGACACAGAAACGCACAAGGUGGAACAGUUCAUGGAUGCAGAAGAGAAGAUAUAG